GGGCCGAGGCGCGGCGGCGGGGGAGGGGCGGUUCCUCGCGGCGGCGAAGAUGGCAGAUUUUUUGAAAGGAUUACCGGUCUACAACAAAAGCAACUUCAGCAGAUUCCAUGCGGAUUCUGUAUGUAAAGCAUCGAAUAGACGACCAUCGGUAUAUCUUCCCACGAGAGAAUAUCCAUCUGAACAAAUCAUAGUAACAGAAAAAACAAAUAUACUUUUGCGUUAUUUACAUCAGCAGUGGGACAAAAAGAAUGCAGCAAAGAAGAGAGAUCAAGAGCAAGUGGAAAUAGAAGGUGAGAAUUCGGCGCCACCACGGAAAAUCGCUCGGACAGACAGCCAGGAUAUGAACGAGGACACUUAAACUCUUGGCUUUCUCCUCUACUACUUUGCAGGCGCUUCCUGUUUUGUCUCAAAGUGUGUAAAUUUUGCCCCUUGCCCCCAUCUCUCACCCCUCCACUAUGCAGCCUAAACCACUUCUGACUUCAUAGGAGCCAAUGUAUUUAUUUUUUUUUUUUCCUCUCCAUUUUUUAUUUAUGCCGUAAAACUUACGGAGCGAUGGUGGAACAAUUCAGUAAAUGAUGUAGUAUAACCUUAGUUCCUCCUUUCUAAAAAUAUACACUGUCACUUUCACAGGUUUUGUUGAAUCUGUUACCUGAUCACCUGGGUCUAGCAAUGGGAGCCUGGGUAAGAGACGCGGGUUAUUACAGAACCCUUCCGUGAUAGAGCUUUUUCCGAUUCAUCUGCCCGUUGACAUAUUCCAAGUGGUUAAUUCUUCUUUGAAUGUGCUCAGUCCAGCCGUAAGUGUGGGGCCUCACUAUUUUUUUUCUCAACUAUUCUGAAACUGGCACUGCACUUAAAAAAAAACAAACAAAAAAACAAAAAAACAAAAAAACAUGGGUGUCAUUUAGGGUUAUGUUGAUCUUAGCAACCGUGUUGUCAACUUGAGCUGUAAGUUUUAUUCUUUUGGUCUGUUCUGGGAGGGCCACAGUCAUUUGGCAGCGUGCAUUGUCUCAUGCGUCAGUGGCCACGGAGAGUUCAAAGUGAAAGGUGUGUUGCUUUUUGUUGCUCUUAAAUUCUAACCGUCUCUUGGUCUUGAACGGACUGAUCUGUGCAACUUCUCCGUUGGAAUACAAGGAUACUCUUAUCCUGUUCUGAGUAUUUGAUCAGCAGUGCAUUUAAGCAACAGCUGAUGGAAUGGAGUUGGGCAGGCGCCCUGCAGGCAGCGCUUGGCUGGAAGAGUCUGGGAGCACCUCGGCACCUAGAUCUAGUUCUCUGUCUCAGCUGCCGGCUCUGAAUAAUGGUACGUUGUAUUUUCCUGCCAUAUCGGCAUGUCUGGAAUGGAGCCCAGGACUUGGAGUUGAUCAAAAUGUGAGCUUCCAUGGUCUCUGACGAAGACCAGUCUCUCUUGGACUGUGACAGUUCAGUGCCUGUUGCCUGUAACCCUUCGCUGACUCUUCGGUAAGAGCCAAAACGGAACCCCGUAAGUCGUCGAGGUGGAUUCAGAGGUUCAGAGACUGAAAGGAAAUGAGCAUCGUCACCUGAAGGGGACAGGAAAGGUGUAGCUUAGUAAUGAUGUCUCGUCUGCUUUAACGUAAGAAGCUGACUUCACACUGUGUUAGUUUAAAUUGUUGCAUUUAUAGCUGUGUUUUUUCCUCGUUGACAAAUCCUAAACACCAAUUCAAGAGGUGGCACGGACGUUUUUCUAGAGAUCCUGGAUAAGCCUCGUUCGGCGUGGCUGCGGCAGCCGCCGGCUUUGAGGGUUUCUGCUGUCCCCUUCUCCACGGCGUCCCCGUCCGACCGGGGGACGCCACAUAUCCAGGUUUGGGGGCGAAGGGAACAAGAAGGGAGAGAAAACUGUUGCUGACAACCGUAUGUUGGCAAGGCAGAACCCGAGGAAGAGCAGGGCACGGCGCACGUUGCAUUUCGAAAUGUCCUUUAGGCACCAGGUUUCUGAUGCAGUGAGUGAAUUUAACUUAACACUGAGUAGUUUAGAACUUUGUAUCUGCCUCAAAAAACUGUUACCUUUUUGCUAUGGCAGUAACCUCCGAAUUCCUACGAUGCUGUUGAAAAUGCCAACUGUGUUGGUGAAGAGAAAAUACACUUGGCUUUCCGUGUGAUUUACCGGCGAUUGCGAGAGGAGUCCUCCCAGAGUUAAUGCUGUCAAAAAAGUGCUUUUGUGCAAAGUGCAAGACGUUGACUGAAGAUGCCGCGUUCGCAUCCGGCCUCGCGGGGAUCAGCUGAAGCUGAAGAAUCCUUUGAAGAGCUGUGAGAUACCAAAAAAAAGAAAAAAAAAAGAGGAAACGGACGUGCAGCUGGUGGUAAAGUGUGACCAAUUUGUGUGUUUAGCAAAGCUGGAGAGAGCUGCAGCCUUGCAGUGAUGUUUGUACAGUGCUUUAAAGUUGUAAAAUGCUGUAUAAUUCUUGAUUGAUAUGGCAAGGUUUGAGCUUUGCUGACUUCUCUGCUAGACAGAGCGAUGUACUAUUAAAGAGAGUUGGCAGUUCC